AUGGAUAUUAACGAAUGUAUCAAGAAUCCUUGUAAUCAUAAUGCAUCAUGUCAAAAUACUUAUGGUUCUUAUGCUUGCCAUUGCCAAGCUGGUUUUACGGGUAAAAAAUGCGAAACCAACAUCAACGAUUGCGUUAAUAAUGAAUGCCAAAAUGGUGCUACUUGUGUUGAUUUAGUCGCAAGUUAUCAAUGCGAUUGUGCGCGAGGAUACACCGGUGCUCGUUGCGACAAAGUUGAUCAAUGCGCUUCUAGCCCCUGCAUGAAUUUAGGCUCAUGUUUCACCGAUAUUAGCGGUAAUGCAUCAUGCAUGUGUUCUCGAGGUUAUACAGGAAUCCACUGUGAAAUUGAUAUAAAUGAAUGUAACCUUGGCGCAAGUGUAUGUGAGAAAGGCAAAUGUGUCAACACCAUCGGCUCCUAUUUUUGCGAUUGUCCUGUUGGUUAUCGAGGCCAACGUUGUGAAACUGAUAUUAAUGAAUGCUUAUCCAAUCCAUGCCUUAAUGGCAAUUGCCUUAAUGAUAUUGGCAAUUAUCAAUGUUUCUGCAAAGAUGGCUUUACAGGGCGCAAUUGCGAAACGAAUAUCGAUGAUUGUGCCAGUACCGUUUGCCAUCAUGAUGGGACAUGUUACGAUCUCGACGAUAACUAUAAAUGUGUCUGCCAACCAGGUAGUUAUACUGGACGCAAUUGUGAGAGCAAUUUCGAUGAAUGCUCAUCUUCGCCCUGCUUAAAUAAAGGUGUCUGCCAUGAUGAUAUCAACAGUUAUAACUGUACAUGUAUGGAAGGCUAUACAGGAACACACUGCGAAACCAACAUCAAUGAAUGUGCAAGUUCACCAUGUAUGAAUACUGCAACUUGCCAUGAUCUUGUUAAUCGUUACAUUUGCGUUUGUCCUACUGGAACCACUGGUAUCCAUUGUGAAACUGAUCGAAAUGAAUGCCAGGAAGAUUCCUGCUAUCGUCGUGGGAAAUGUAUCGAUGAAAUUGGUGGAUUCCGAUGUGAAUGUAAUACAGGUUUUAUUGGCGAUCGAUGCCAAGGUAACAUUGAUGAAUGUUUAUCCCAGCCAUGCCACGCAGAAGGCCUUGAAAAGUGCAUUGAUGGCGAUAAUAGCUAUACUUGUAUCUGCAAAGAUGAAUUUACAGGUCAAAAUUGCCAAAGUCGCCUUGAUCCAUGCACAUCCAAUCCUUGCGACAAUGGUGGUACAUGCCAAAGUAGUAAUGGCACUUACACUUGCUCAUGUCCAUCCUCUUUCACUGGUCAAGAUUGUAAUAGUAAAGUAAUUCAUUGCUCGCCUAAUCCUUGCCAGAAUGAUGGUCAAUGCCGAGAAUUAGCCAAUGGAUACGAAUGUGAUUGCGUCUCUGGAUUUACCGGUUCAAGAUGUGAAGGUGGAUGUCGCUGUUUAAAUGGUGGUGUAUGUACAAGUUCACAAGGUCGUCAAGAGUGCCAAUGCCCAUGGAGAUAUACUGGAAAGUCUUGCGAAAUAGAAUUGCCAGGUAAAUAUGACCUAAUCCGAUCUAUCUUCAAUAAAUUUAUCGCAUUUAUUUCAGUACUAAGAAAUGAAUUUCGCCUUAAUAACAUAGGCGCUCGUUGUAGCAUCCCAUCAUGCAAGAAAGUAUUUAACAAUUCAGUUUGCAACGUAAGUUUUUCAUGA